AUGGCCCCCUUUAACCUCGAAAGCUGUGCCAGGCCAAACAUCUUGGCCCUCCAGCCAUAUCGCUGCGCGCGAGACGACUACAAGGAUGACGGCACCAAUAUCCUUCUUGACGCAAAUGAGAACGCGUACGGACCUUCUCUGAGUGCAGACGUCGCAGAGAAGGCUGCCAAUGGUGUGGAGGUAGACCUGCUGGGCCUGCAUCGUUAUCCUGAUCCUCACCAGGAGCCGUUGAAGAAGCAGCUCUGCGAGCUGCGAAACACCCACGCCCACACAGACAAGACGCUCAAGCCCGAGAAUUUGUUUGUGGGUGUCGGUAGUGAUGAGGCUAUCGAUGCUCUGCUGCGAUGCUUCUGCGUUCCUGGAAAGGACCGCAUCCUUACAUGCCCGCCUACGUAUGGCAUGUAUUCUGUGUCUGCACAGGUCAACGACGUGGCUCUCGUCAAAGUUCCCCUUUUGGAAGCCCCCACCUUCAGUAUAGACGUUCCAGCUGUCAUGGAAGCCCUGACAAAGGAGUCCAACAUCAAACUUGUCUACCUUUGCUCGCCAGGAAACCCCACUGGAUCAGUCCUUGCCAAGUCCGACGUUCAGCAGAUUCUAGAUCACCCAACAUGGAACGGCGUUGUCGUUCUCGACGAAGCAUAUAUCGACUUUGCCCCCGAAGAUGCUUCUCUGGCUGAAUGGGUUGCCGAGUUUCCUAACCUCGUCGUCAUGCAAACCCUCUCCAAAGCCUUUGGUAUGGCUGGCAUCCGACUCGGUGCUGCAUUCACAUCACCCCCUAUUGCACGACUUCUCAACAGCCUCAAGGCUCCUUACAACAUCUCCAGCCCCACAAGUGCCCUUGCGUCCUACGCUGUCUCCGAAAAGGGACUCGCUAUUAUGCGAGACCAUCGUGCGCGCCUUCUAGAGCAGCGUGAUCGUCUUAUCAAGGAACUUCCAAAGAUCCCUGGUGUUGGUCGUCUACGAGGUGGCACUGAAAGCAACUUUUUGCUUUAUGAAAUGCUUGACCCUGCAGGCGAGCCGGAUAAUACUGUCGCAUUGGCCGUAUAUGAGAAGCUUGCCGAGGGUAAGGGUGUCGUUGUGCGAUUCAGAGGAAAAGAGCACGGAUGCCAAGGUUGUCUACGAAUUACAGUCGGCACAGACGCCGAGGUGACAAGAUUUCUGGAGUCACUAAAGACGACGUUGGCUGAGGUGAGAGGCUCAUAA